ACUUUCGUUUCCACACGCAUCUCGCAUCUAAUGAUAAAAUCUUGCCUGAAAUAUCUUGAAGCUAAAGACGUCCAAAAGUCGAUAAUAGAACUAUCCAAACAAUAUCGCAAGCAUGUCCUUCAACUUUGGAGCCGGAUCUGCACAGUUUUAUACAUUGAAAGGGAAUGAUAUACCUGUCUCGAGUAAAGUGCCAGACGAGAAUGUGACAACAAAAUUGGCAGGCAUGUCAGAUCUUUGGCAGGGUAAGCUGGAAUCACCAUGGAGGGAGAUGCUGUGGACUGAGGAACGCAGGGGAACCCUCAGGGACUCGAUCAGCUCCUAUAAGCCUGCCUGUGAGGCUACGUCGGAGGCUCGGGUUUUGCUGCUGGGCCCAGUUGGAGCGGGAAAGUCCAGCUUCAUUAGCUCUGUUCAGUCAGCCUUCAAAGGGAGAGUCACAAACAGGGCCAUGGUGGGCUCAUCCUCUACCAGCUUCACUAAAAAGCUCCAGUUGUACAACAUCAAUGGGCAGAGUCCGGAACAGCCCGCUGCACUGGUCCUGUGUGAUGUCAUGGGUCUGGGAGAUGGUGAGCCUACUGGACUGACCCUCCAUGAUGCUCUGGCCAUCAUCAGAGGCCAUGCACCCGAGGGACAUAAGUUCAGUGCUAAGCGGACCCUGAGAUCAGACACUGUGGGCUAUGUGAAGAGGCCGUCACUUAAAGACAAGAUCCACUGUGUCGUCUUUGUGGUGGACGCUUCGAAGUUGUCCAGCUACACCAAAGGCCUGGCCACCACCUUCCAACAGCUCAGAAAACACGUCAGUGACCUGGGAGUUCAUCAAGUGGCCCUGCUGACACACGUGGACGAGGUGUGUCAGGAAACCGCCCGUGACAUCACCCAGGUGUACCAAAGCCGGACCAUUCAGAAAGCGAUGACCAAGGCCGGCGCUCUACUCGGCAUGUCCACCUCCUACAUCGUCCCGGUGAAGAACUACUCAUCUGAGCUGGACGUUGAUGAGAACAAAGACAUCCUUCUGCUCAGUGCUGUGGACCACAUCCUGCAGUAUGUCGACCUGUACUUACAGGACACCGCCAUCACAGAGUCCAAAAUUAGUCUUUAACAAACCUGUUACAUGCAGUGUCAUACCUGCAGAUGCAUUAAAAAAUAAAUAAUGUUUUAUUAAUUAGUUUUGCUAUUGUUAAUUGAGCAGUCUUGCUUUGAGUAAAACAGAUGUUUUAGAGAUAUUUUGGCCCGUGUACUGUCUAUGUAGUUCGCUGAGGGAUGUUUUAACCAAUUUUCUAAACUAGGGCUCUCAAAUGGCUCUCCCUUUUUUCAACUUAAUUGUAGUUGGUUUAAGUGAAACCAAACAAAAUAUAGUGUUGAUUUCAGGUGAUUUGGAAAUAUGAAAUUACUUCCAUUGAUUUUAAGUUAGCAGUGAAGGUUAGCUGACGUCUGUAAUAACUGUUUAAGGACAAUUGAACCAUGGAUUAUAGUUUCUCUAGACCUCCUCCACGGUGACAGACCAUUCAACACGUUUGAAAAAGUGAAACAUUCCUUUUAGAGCACCAUGUACUGUGAUUCUUAAACAUCACAUUUUCAUCACUCCCUUCAAAGUGAUUAUGCUUGUAAAACCUUAAGUCAGGCAUUUUAAAUGACUGUGCUUUUAUUUCGUUUGUAAAAACACUGGAAGAUAUGUAACAAAAUAAAUGUAACACCAAUUUGCAUCCA